AUGACUGAAGAAACUGGGGAUAAGGUUGAUUAUACGCCCUUAGCGGAGAUCGAUGCUUGUAUCGACCUGUGCAACAAGUACUACUACGACAAGCAACUUACACUUUCUCAAGAACGCUCUCCAAGAAAAUCAGACUUGAAAGCUAGGUCUCGUCAGCUAAAGAAGCUUUAUUACGCGAUUAAGGACAACACCGAUGAGCUUGUCCAAGCUUUGUAUACCGACUUCCAUCGUUCAAAGCAGGAAUCUAUAACAUUAGAGGUUGCACAAUUGUGCAACAAUAUACUGCACAUGAUUGAGUCUCUUCCUAAAUGGAUGGAGCCUUCCAAAAUUAAAGAUCGUGCUCCUCCUUUCCUCUUCUCUAAUACUGCAGUGGAACGUAUCGCUAGAGGUUCUGUUCUUGUCAUUGGGCCAUUUAAUUUCCCUUUAAUGUCCUCUUUAAGCCCCGCUGCUGCUGCCUUAGCGGCUGGUAACACAGUCGUUGUGAAACCUAGCGAGCUAACGCCUGCAACUGCUUCAUGUAUCGAAAGAAUUAUCAACGAAGCCAAUUUUCCAAAUGGCUUGAUACAAAUUGUCAAGGGUUCCAAGCCAGAGAGUCAAAGAUUGGUCGAGUCAGGCAAGUUUGAUAUGAUUUUCUUUACUGGUUCCACUGCGGUGGGAUCCGCUAUAGCCCAAGAAGCAGCAAAGACUGUGACUCCAUGUGUCUUGGAGCUUGGUGGAAAGUCACCAGUUUUUAUAACUCAGAAUUUGGCUACAAAGAACCUGAGAACCGCUUUGAAAAGAAUCUUUUAUAGUGCUUUUGGCAAUUCGGGUCAAAUUUGCAUAUCUCCAGAUUACGUAUUAGUACAUGAGUCUAUCUACUCAUUGGUGGUGAAGGAGGCAAAAAGUGUUCUAGCUGAGUUAUUCCCAGAGGUUAAUCCAGCUACCGAAUAUACUCAUAUGGUUGACCAGAAUGCUUACAACAAGGUUUCCGAGAAACUUGCGAAUACUAACGGCGAAAAGUUUACAGUCGGUAAGCAAAUUAGUGACGAGGGCGAGCUAUUGAUUCCACCCACUCUGGUAUUUGACAUUUACUGGGACGACACAUUGAUGAAGGCUGAGAAUUUUGGUCCAGUGUUGCCUUUUGUCAAAUACUCCGAUUUGGAUCGUACUCUUGACUUGGUCAUCUCAAACCAUGAUACUCCUUUAGUUCAGUACAUCUUUAGCCAGAAAGACGCCGAAAUCCAACAUAUCUUGUAUCGGUUAAGAUCUGGUGACUGCAUCGUUGGAGACACGCUACUUCACGUUGCUUUGACGGACGCACCCUUUGGUGGUAUUGGUACUUCAGGUUAUGGUAAUUUUGGUGGUAUCUGGGGUUUCAACACUUUCACUCACCAGCGUAUCGUCAUGAAGCAGCCUUAUUGGCAGGACUCUUUACUCAGCAUGCGCUAUCCACCAUUCUCAUCAUGGAAGACAGAUUCAUUUAAGUUCUUCAUGGAGCAAAAACCAUGGUUUGAUCGAGAUGGCAAUGAUAGGAUUUCACUUGCCAAAUGGUUCGGUAUAUCGCUGGUUGUGGCACUUGCAGUCAUGCUCCCCAAUUUCUUCAACACCUCUUGGACUCAAUGUAACUGA